AUGUCUUCAUCGUUUUUCCUUAAAAAAGAACCCAAAAACAAUAAGAAACGGAAGUUCCAAGGAGGUGCUGGCGCCAAAGGAAAAGGCAAAGAUAAAACAACAAAUGAAACACCUGCCAAGAAAAGACCACAAAAAGAUGAUGAAGAAAUUGCCAGUGAUAGUGAAUUUGAAAGCGGUCUAGAUGGCGAGGGUGCACCAAAUUUGGUUUUCUCUUCAGAUGAGGCCGAGGAAGAGACACCACAAGACAAACGUUUACGACUGGCCAAACAAUAUCUCGAAGAAAUAGAAAAGCAGGAAGCGGAUAAAGCAGAAGAUCGUGAAUUACAUGAUCAUGUUGCCCAUCGACUGCAAACAGAAUAUUUAGAUAGUGUUGGAAAAUUAAGAAAAAAUAUUGCAGGCUCUAUAGAGGGCUAUGAUGCAGAGAAUAUUGUAAAAUUGAAACAUAAGAAGCAACAUUUACCCUUAUGCUCGUUGGCCUUAUCACCCGAUGGUGAAUAUUUAUUUUCCGGUGCAAAAACACAAUUUGUUUUAAAAUGGAAUCUGAAGACACUACGUGUUGAGGGUUCUUUCAAUGUCCAGCCAUAUAAUGAAGACAAAAAUACAGAUAUUAAACGGCGAUCACAUGUUAUAGCGCUAUGUAUCUCAUCGGAUUUUCGUUAUUUAGCUUUAGCCGAUGGUGGCCAUACAAUACAGAUAUGGUGUCCCAAAGAAUUGAAACAUUUAAAAACGUUCCAUGGUCAUCGAGAUGUGGUUACCUCAUUGGUAUUUCGUCGAGAUACACAUGAAUUGUAUUCAGCUUCCAAGGAUAGAUCAGUGAAAAUAUGGUCAUUGGAUGAAAUGGCCUAUGUGGAGAGUUUAUUUGGUCACCAGGCACCAGUAACUGGCAUUGAUGCUUUAUCCCGCGAACGUGCUGUCACCUCCGGUUCUGAUUGUACUUUGAGAAUUUGGAAAAUUACCGAAGAGUCUCAAUUAAUCUACAAUGGGCAUCGAGACAGCAUUGAAGCUGUUAAAUUUUUGAAUGAUGAAAAUUUCAUAUCAUGCGGAACUGAUGGUUCCCUUGGUCUCUGGAAUGCACUGAAAAAGAAACCACUACAUACCUCAACGCUUGUACAUGGUGUACAGGCAAAUGGUGAAGCCAAUUGGAUUACAGCCAUAACAUGUUUGGUAAACACCGAUUUGGUGGCAUCUGGUUCCUGUGAUGGUUACAUACGCCUCUGGCAGUGCGUGGAAAAUUAUCGUAAACUCAAACCUCUGCUAGAAAUACCCGUCAAUGGAUUUAUAAAUAGUUUAACAUUUAAUGCGGACGGUACAAAACUAUAUGCCGCUGUCGGACAAGAACAUCGUUGGGGUCGUUGGUGGCGUCUCGCCGAUGCUAAAAAUCACAUUGUAGUUAUUGACUUGUUAAGAGCAACAACGGUCGAUGAAUCGGCGGCACCAAGUAAAAAAACUAAAUGA